AUGGAACAGUCUGUUGCGCUCAUUACACAGCAUAUUGCAGAUACUCAGGCGGACCAGCAUGCCUCCUCUCCACCUUCCGACGUGGAGAUCGAGAGAACAGAACCAACACCCUUGCCACGGUGGUACCGGUUGCCCAGAUGGAGAGAUUCCUCGAGCUUGGAGAUGUCUUCAGGGUGGAAGAGCUGGCCAAGCCGUGAGGUAGCAGACGUGAAAACUUUCCUCCGGGGCAUACUGUCCUUUGUUAUCUCUCUCCUGCCAAGGUACAUGCAACCCGGUGGCCUGACGAUCAAGAAAGAGCUGCAUCCCACCGCCUAUCUGGAUGCUCUGAGAGGCUGGGUCGCCCUUCUCGUCAUGAAUUUCCAUACAUUCGGGAACAAGGCGACAAUCCUCGAGAAACCGGUUUUCAGCGCCUUUCUCAACGGGAGGGCAAUGGUUGACAUAUUUUUUGUCAUCUCAGGCUAUGUCCUCAGUCACCGACUGCUCCGUAUGAUGCGGAAUCGAGAGCCGGGUCUUCAAAAGGCUCUAGCUUCGUCGACAUUCAGACGAUGGCUGCGGCUAUAUGCUUCGACCGGCAUGGCGUCGCUUGUCACAGCCAUCGCCGUAUAUCUCGGAUGGUGCAAACCAGAGUUCCGCAAAGCCACAUUCCUGGCCCAAAUGGUGGAUUGGACAUGGGACACUAUUGCUGCUAGCAGUCCCUUUGCCGACAUUCACGGUUACUGGUCUCCCCAAGUAUUCCGAACCAAGUACCUCGACCAGAUGUGGACUAUUCCGGUCGAGUUUCGAGGGAGUCUAGUUGUCUUCUGGUUCUGUGCCGCCGCAUCCUUCUUGACCACCAGGGGCCGGAGGGUUUUUUGCUGCGUGGUAAUGGCACUCUGCUACCUGUGGGCAGCUGCUUACGCUGGGAUAUUUCUUCUCGGAGUCCUCAUCGCCGACUUCUCAUUCGACCGCUACCCGGAGAGAUUGUCUCGCACUCGGCUGCCACAGCAGGACGACCUCGAUUCGGUACCAGAAAAGCCACGCAGGCAGUCCCCCCUCGCCAAGGCCGGAUAUGUUUGCCUGUUCCUAAUAGCAAUGUUUCUCCUGGGACAACCGCCCACUGAAUUCGGCUAUUCGAACUAUUUCCUUUGGCCAUAUCUCAGCAAAGCAAUCCCGUGGUACUACCCCGCCGAGCUGGGCCAGCAUAUCUGGCUGAGUGUCGGUUCGAGUCUCCUGGUCUUCACACUAGACCGGUGCCGCAUGCUUCAGAUCCCUUUGGAAAGCGGGGUUUCCCAGUACCUGGGUGAUCUCUCCUUCGGUGUCUACGCGAUGCAUAACACCGUCAAUUGGUGUCUUUACAUGCCUUACGUGGAGCCGUGGCGCGCAGCACACCUGGGUGACGGCUUCUUCUCAGGUCUUCCUGGGAUGGUUUUUACGACGUUGGUUAUUCUGUGGGUGGCGGAUUAUUUUACGCGGAUUGAUAAUGGUGUGGUGUGGUUUGGGAAAUGGCUGGAAACGAGGACGUUUGUCUGA